CCUCCGGGCCGCCUCUGCCUGUGCGCCCCGGUUCCUUUCAUAGGCUUCCAGUCCCUCCUCCCCGCCCUCCUUCCCCCGUGAUGGCGGAGGACAGCGAGUCUGCGGCCAGCCAGCAGAGCCUGGAGCUGGAUGACCAGGACACCUGCGGCAUCGACGGCGACAAUGAGGAGGAGACCGAGCACGCCAAGGGAAGUCCUGGAGGGGAUUUGGGAGCUAAAAAGAAGAAGAAGAAACAGAAGAGAAAAAAGGAGAAACCAAACUCUGGUGGCACCAAAUCAGAUUCUGCAUCUGACUCCCAGGAGAUUAAAAUUCAACAACCUUCAAAAAAUCCAGCCAUUCCAAUGCAGAAGCUGCAAGAUAUUCAAAGAGCUAUGGAGCUGCUCUCUGCAUGCCAGGGACCAGCAAAGAACAUUGAUGAAGCAACCAAACAUAAAUACCAAUUUUGGGAUACACAACCUGUACCCAAACUUAAUGAAGUUAUAACUUCUCAUGGUGCAAUUGAACCAGAUAAGGACAAUGUCCGCCUAGAGCCAUACUCUUUGCCACAGGGUUUUAUGUGGGACACUUUGGACCUGAGCAAUGCUGAAGUUCUAAAGGAACUGUACACAUUAUUAAAUGAGAAUUACGUAGAAGAUGAUGAUAACAUGUUUAGGUUUGACUACUCACCUGAGUUUCUUAUGUGGGCACUACGUCCUCCAGGCUGGCUACCCCAGUGGCACUGUGGAGUUAGAGUAUCGUCAAACAAAAAAUUGGUAGGGUUCAUAAGCGCCAUCCCUGCACACAUUCGGAUUUAUGACAGUGUGAAGAAAAUGGUAGAAAUCAAUUUUCUUUGUGUCCACAAGAAAUUGAGAUCUAAACGAGUAGCACCUGUACUGAUUCGGGAAAUAACCAGAAGGGUAAACCUGGAAGGGAUUUUUCAGGCAGUUUACACUGCAGGGGUGGUACUCCCCAAGCCUGUGGCCACAUGCAGGUACUGGCAUCGAUCACUGAACCCUAGAAAAUUGGUAGAGGUGAAAUUUUCACAUUUGAGUAGAAAUAUGACUUUACAAAGAACAAUGAAGCUCUACAGACUUCCCGAUGCCACAAAAACUUCAGGUUUGAGACCAAUGGAACAAAAAGACAUUAAAGCAGUGCAAGAACUGAUCAACAGUUACUUGAAGCAAUUUAAUCUUGCUCCUGUAAUGGAUGAAGAAGAGGUAGCCCACUGGUUCCUGCCUCAGGAUCAUAUUAUUGACACUUUUGUAGUUGAGAGUUCAAAUGGUAUUUUAACCGAUUUUCUGAGUUUCUACACGUUACCUUCAACAGUUAUGCACCACUCUGUUCAUAAAAGCCUCAAAGCUGCCUAUUCCUUCUACAAUAUUCAUACAGAGACUCCUCUUUUGGAUCUAAUGAAUGAUGCACUCAUUAUAGCUAAAUUGAAAGGAUUUGAUGUGUUCAAUGCACUAGACUUGAUGGAAAACAAAAUAUUCCUGGAAAAACUCAAGUUUGGGAUAGGAGAUGGGAACUUGCAGUAUUAUUUGUACAACUGGCGGUGUCCUGGCAUGGAAUCAGAAAAGGUGGGCCUUGUAUUACAAUAAGGAGGACCCUUGUGUUUCUAGAACUCUGAAGUUGUCAUUUGGAUUGAUUUAAUCUACAUAACAGUUCUUGGAACAGUAUUGUUCAAGAGGAAUAAAAGCACAACAUCAGUGAAAUUGAAAUAAUCCAUCAAAAUAAUGAAGAAAUCCAUAUCUGACCGAUUUUACACAUUUUCAGAUAGAAUGGAAAGUUCAUGAAACUUUUGUCCAUAAAAAAGAAUAAAAGCACAUUCAUUUAAUUAUCAAAGCUUAGCUCGCACCUUGAUAAAAAGAAGGUAUUUUUUUCCACUCUGUAGAAAAGACUGUUUUGUACAAACUGAACUGCAGUGGUGGAUUAGGGUACAAAAAUCUUUGCUAUUAUGUGAAUGAACUGCUGCAUUUCUAUUUAUUAAGUGGUGGUGUAUGUUUGUUAGUGUAGCAGAAUGAAGGAUCCAUACUGAGUAUCUUUGCUUAUAAAAUUCACAUGGAUGUCAUCAUUUGGGGUAAAAUAAUGGAUUUAUGAAAUAUUUGUAGCUAAUAUGAAAGUCUUGGAUGUUUUUUGUAACUGGAGCAGUAUGAAAAUGUGCUGGUUUGACUAGUGCAUUUGUUUCUCUAUAAGCAACGCUGCCAAAUCAAUAAAAAUACAGAUUUGUACUUUGAUCUUCAUUAGAUCAGUGGACUGAUUCAGUAGUAUUGCACAGUUCAGUGCAGAUGUGUUGCCAGAAUGAUUAUAAAUUACUGUACUUAAUUUAUAGUUGUGGCACAAAACCUUAGUUUUUCCUCAGUAAAUCAACAUCAGCCUGUGUGUAAAACUAAGAAUUUUGGUAAUGCUAUCAAACUAUUUAUAGUUUUGAAUGUUUUCAAUGCUUCUGCAAAAUUGCACAUAUUCCUUUGUCUACUUUGAUGUCUGUAAUUCUAACAAAAAGUAUCUUGUGUAAAUAAGUAUUCAUAAAUUGUUACUGGUAGUGUUUUUAUCCUGAAUUUUGAACAAAAGGUUUCACUGUAUAUAGUAUCAGUAAUCGAGAGAGAUACAUGUUUCUCCCUAUCCCCUGGAAAGACUAUGUACUGGCCUCAACUUAAAUGCAACAACCUGAUUUUUAUUUCUUCAUGAAUGCUCUGCAACUAGAAGCAUUUGGUAUACGUUCCAUAAUGUCACACUCAUAGCUUAAAUUGUGAUGGCAAUUCUUAGAGUUUAGGUAUGCUAUAGUCACAUGAGCAGCACAAUCUACAGUUCUAGCUGAAAGUGCAGGUAUUUUGGACAUUACUUGAAUAUUUGGUGAAGUAUUUAUGGAUAAACCUGGCUUUAACACCUCCAUAAUUCUAAAUGUGAGAGCAAAUUUUGCUCAACUUUAGGAGCUGUCUGAAAUUAGCCACGUAGAGGUAUUUAGUUCUGCCUCUACCACUGAACGUAAGCUGCCACACAUGAUGUUAUCUCAUAAAAGUCAUUCUUUUAUAAUGGAAGGGGACUCUACCCCAUAUGUACAGGGGUAACAGGCUCUCAAGCUUUGUCUAAACUAUGAUUUAAAGGCAUAUUGCUAGGUAAAUGUGUUCUAACUCAUACUAAUACACAGUUACUCCAAUGUGAACAGUGCAGCCUGCUUCAAUAUGUGCUCAAGUUAAAGCACACUGCCCCUGUCUACAUUAGACUUUGAAAGGUAGUACAUUCCAACACCCCAGGGUUAGCUUCCAAUUAUCCAUAGUAGGAUUUAAUUAGCCACUUAUGUCAUUAAAGCUAAAAUGGUUUGUACCUUAAAGUCAAGGAGGGCCUAUUGCUGGCCUGAAGAACACAAGCUGUAUCUACACAGGCCCAUCCAGGACAGAUAUGACAAAUCAACUUAACCUUACAGCGAUGUGCAUAAAUUAAAGCCUAUUAAUCACUCUCAUGGAUUCUCUCAUGCAAGAAUAAAGCAGCCUUAAUCUGCUAUAGUUUAAUUCUCUGCCAAAAUCUGAGGAUUAAACCAGUGAUUCCUGAAUUUAUUAAUGUGAGCUACAAACUGCAUUUUGUCUUUUUUUGCACCUCCCAUUACAUAUAUGAACCCUCAGCCCCAGCACUGCAACCCUAAAUCCCAUCUAGGUUCAGAGGAGGUGGGGGGAGGGUUUGGAGUUCACCCUGGACUCAUCCCAGUAGCAGCUCCUGUCAAGGCUGGGGAGCAGGAGGGUUGGCCCCAGCUCUGGACAUUGCAAUUAGGUGCAUGGGGUUGCAGCACCACUCAUUUUUGCACAUACACACCCAAGUUUGACAGAGGGGUGGCCAGGCCAAAUUUGAUUGGCACUUACAGUGCCACUCCUGUUUGGCCCUUCUACUCCUCUGUCACGAUAGAGUAGCUGCACCACACUUGAGUGGCACUGUGACCACAAACAUCAAGUUGCAACACCCAGCAUGGGGAACUGGACCGAGUCCCACAGGACAAGAGCUGCUGCGGGUGAGAGCUGGGCAGGUUUUCUCUCCAACACCCCUACUGCAUUGGGGCCUCCCAUCCGCAUCAAGCUGGGAAAAGUAUAUGUUAGCCUAAGUCUGGGCUCAGCAAUGGGUUAUUCUGACCCUGGACAUGGCAAUCCAUCUAGAACCUUCCCAAAACCCACUGCUUGGGAAACACUAAGCCCACUUUAUUCCUGAAUUAGAACAACUAUAGGGGUUGUAAUGUGCUUUAAUUUACCCUUUUAGUUGAUUCACUUUAACUUUCUUGAGUGACAAGCCCAAAGAACACACACAGAAUGGCUAAAAAUUAGUAUCUGCCCUUUUUUUUUUCCAGGCAUUUUGCUAUUAGAAGUCUCUGCUGCAGUUUAACCUUCAGUUAGCCUCAUUACUAUGGAAUCACUGCUUGUGACCCUUUUUAAUUUGUCCCCUUAACUUGUACAUGAGUGCAGAGAGAAGGGGAAUCUAGAAUACAGGCAGCCUAGAUAAUCACAGCCUAGAAGAAACACAGAAGUUUCUUCCCUAUUUAAAAAACAAACACAGGCUCACUUAAAGAAAGAGAUUUUUGCUAGCUUUCUUCCUGAAGGACAGUAGUAGCUUUUGAGUAAAAUGUUAGCUCUAAGUAAAUUACUUCUAUUUUGCUGAGAUUAUAUACCUUUUUUUAUUGCAGUGUGAGGUGCUUCACUGUUCCUUACCUUCUAAACAUCCUUACACAAUUUCCUGCAAAAUGUCUGGUGUGUGCUCUCAUUAUAUUCUACUGCUUACUACGGCAGUUUCUUAAAAUGCAUUUCUCUUCAAGAGACAAGUAGCAUAUCAUUUUCAGCUAUUUGGAAUUAUUACAAUUCUUACCUGCCAUUUUACAUGAAAUAGUUUCUAAACUCCCUUUGUGAAAUAAUGUUGACAGUUAACUUCAUAUUUGUAUUAUGUGGAUCCUGUGAGAGAAUGUCUCGGUUUGCAUACAACAGUCUUAAAAUGCAUUUUUCCUGCAACAGAAGUAUUUAAUUAUUCAUAUGUUGAUCAAGACUAAUGUUUUCCUUUAGCGUAUCAGAGACCAAAUAUAUCUGGAAACCAGUUUAGCAUGCAUCUCUUGACCAAAACCAACCUCGUAGAGCAGAGUAUUAACAUUCAAAACCAGAGCCUGUGUAGGUGCCUACCAGUUACAGACGUUUGCUUGAAACAUCUUAUAAAUGACCAGCUUUUAAAAAACAAAGUUUAUACCAGCAUGGACACUUGUUUGAAUAAACUUUCAAUUUUGAUA